AUGAAAAACAACAGUUCCACGGCCAUGACGACCCGUCCCAAACGGAUGGAGGUUACGCUGCCCAGCCAGGGUGAAGAGCCUACGGCCUUUCGACAUAUCAUGACCAAAUUCGACCAAAUUGCCAACUGGGCUCGUCAGGGAUCCCUGUGGCCUCUAACCUUCGGCCUGGCAUGCUGUGGCGUGGAAAUGAUGGCCGUCUCAAUGCCGCGUUAUGAUCUUGACCGCAUGGGCAUCAUAUACCGUGCUUCGCCGCGCCAGGCGGAUGUGCUUAUUGUCUCAGGAACAGUGACAAACAAGAUGGGCCCAGCUAUUAGAUUGCUGUAUGACCAGAUGCCGGAUCCGAACGUGGUUAGGGGUGUGGACAGGUUGCUUCCUGUUGAUGUGUAUGUGCCUGGAUGCCCCCCGACGGCAGAGGCGUUCUUGUACGGAAUCCUGCAAUUGCAGAAGAAGAUCAAGAAUCAGCGCACAACACGCAUGUGGUAUAGAAAGUAG